UCUCCUCCUCCGGGUCUUCACUUACUCGCUGACCGCAGAAGAGCGCACACAGGCCGGCGUGAACUCUCCCGAGGCCGGAUGGUAAAAUCCAACCUCCAGCGGAUCCUAAACAGUCAUUGCUUUGCCCGUGAGAAAGAAGGAAAGAAACAGUGUGAAAUCAGCAUCAUGGAGGCGCUCAGUAACAGUAUUAAUGACAUGAUGGGAAGUGUGUCCGUGUGCUGUAGUAGUUCCACUGGUCCAGGGCCUCUGUGGUGUUCCGAUGCCCCUCACCCACCUCUGAAGAUCCCAGGUGGGCGAGGGAACGGGGCACGGGAUCACACACCCGCAGCUCAGCAGCUGUACUCGGACAGGAAGUUGACUGUGACUGAAGAGCCGGCUGUGAGCGGGCGUCCCAGAAUCCUUCACUUCCAGAGCCGGCCCACCGUGUCCCGGAUCAUCCAAUGGGAGGCGGUGCUUCGGGGAGACGGCCUGUUCGUGGAGAUUCCCUGCGACGCCUUCCCUGAGGGCAGCAAGGAGAGCUUCAUCUCUCUGCUGGAGUUUGCUGAAGAGCAUCUGAAGGUUCUCAGUGUGUUCGUCUGCUUUUAUAAGAACCGGGACGACCGUGUGAAACUGGUGCGUACGUUCAGCUUCCUGGGCUUUGAGAUGGUGAAGCCGGGCCAGGCCUCAGUCCCCGCUCGACCCGACGUGCUCUUCAUGGCCUACAGCUUCGACAGGGACUCCUCGGAUGAAGACUAGCUUCUGCUGUUCAUCACACACUCCCUCUGCAGCCUGCGAACACACACACACACACACACACACACACACCGAACCUCCCUGCGUUCACAGGCUUCAGAGGGAACGAGUGAUCGCUCGUGAUGAUGAUGUCGUGUUUGCCCUCCUCAGUUUAACUUGUGCUUUUUGUUUAUACAUUUUCUGGAAUGUACACACACACAUACACACAAAAAAGGUCAUUUAUAGGUUUUUGGGUACGUUUUGAUUAUGAUUGGAUAUUAUUCACUUUUUUAGUAUGCUUAUGAAGUCUUGCUCUUCUGUGUGACGUGUAUGGAUAGUUUUAUUGUUUUGUUUUUUACCUCAGAAUGUCGUUUGUAGUUUUUCGACCGUCUGAGUCGGUGAACGUCGAUCUCUUUGAAUGUGGUGUGUGUGUGUGUUAACGCAACGACACGACUGGUACAAACCCCUGACGGAGACCCGGAUCGAACAUCCAAAGCUCUGUUGCCUCUCGCCGGC